AAAUAACAUUCAAAAUCCUGACUUAAAACACACACAUGCUGGUCUCACAAAGUUCUUUCUGACAAUAUAUCAGAUUUGUGUAGCACUUUUCAUACAAAUAAAAGGUACUGAGUGCUUUAUGUAACAAAGGGAAUAAAAAACAAGAGAAAUGGUUAUCAUCAUAAUUAAUAAAAUCAUGAAAUCAGUGACAAGUGAGAUUAAAAAGGCAGGCAUUGAGUUUGCUUUCAGAAAGUUCAGGUUGUUGCAGAAACAGACAUAAGAAAAUGCUGCAUCACAGUGCGUUUUUGUUCUACCUUUUGUUUUAAUUAAAUUAAAAGCAAAUCCAAAAACUGGCAGUCCCCAGACCAUAAAGAGUUUCUAAAAUCAAAGAAAGGAUCAUAUAGUCUAUUCUAAAACAGACUGGUAGUGCAGAGAUGGGAAGGACUGCUGCAGUGGUGUCUUCAUAUUGGCUUAAGAGAGAAAGGUCUUGUGCUCUGACAGUGUGCACAUCAAAAAAAUGCAUUCUUAUUUUUGUUUUAAUGCAAGGUUCAAAGCUGAGAUUUGAGUCACAGAUGAUUGAGACUCAUCAGACCAGGCAACGUUUUUCCAAUCUUCUAUUGUCAAAUUUUGGUGAGUCUGUGUGAAUUAAAGCCUCAGUUUCCUGUUCUUAGCUGACAGAAGUGGCACCAUGUGUGGUCUUCUGCUGCUGUCGAACAUCUUCUUCAAGGUUGGACAUGUUGUGCGUUCAGAGCUGAUACUUUGCAUCCUUGGUUGGAACAAGUGGUUAUUUAAGUUACUGUUGUCUUUCUAUCAUCUCCAACCAAUCUGCCCAUUCUCCUCUGACCUCUCACAUCAACAAGGCAUUUUGGUCCACACAACAGCCGUUCACUGGAUAUUUUCUCUUUUUUUGACCAUUCUCUGUAAACCCCAGAGAUGGUUGUGGAUGAAAAUUCCAGUAGAUCAGCAGUUUGUGAAACAUUCAGACCAGCCUGUCUGGCAUCAACAAUCAUGCUAUGUUCAAAGUCACUUAAAUCCUCUUUCUUCCCCAUUUUGAUGCUCGCUUUGAACUGAAGUUGUAUUGACCACAUCUACAGGCCUAAAUGCAUUGAGUUGCAGCCAUAUGAUUGCUGAUUAGCUAUUUGUCCUAGCAAGCAGUUGAACAGGUGUACCUAAUAUAGUGACCAGUGAGUGUAUAGUUGUGUCGUCGGCAUAACUGUAAAAACUGAUGUUUGGCCUCCCAAAGAUAUUUCCACGUAGCAGCAUGCAAACAUUAAAAAGUGCAGGCCCUAAAAUUGAACCCUGAGGAACACUAUAGUUAAUUGUUUUAGCUUUUAGAUGGUUAUUGUUUAAAGCUGACAAUUUUUUUCCCUCAGCAACUGAACCAGUUAAAACCAGUAUGAGAGAGGCCAAUCAGACUGUGAAGUUUGUGUAAAAGAAGAGUGGCCGACAAUAUCAAAGGGUGUACUUAAGACAAAUCUUUUUUUGUUGUCCAUAUUGGAUCCUUCUUUUACGAUCUUGAUUAGUGUCGUCUUGGUAGUACGAUUGGUCCAGAAACCUGUUUGAUUUUCUUAAAAAUAUGAUGACAGUUCAUAAAAAUGUUGAUCCAAUUAAACACAAGCUUGCCUAAAACAGUUUUUUUUUUUUAAAUGGCAGAUACCAGUCAUUACCAAGUAUUGCGGCUUUUCUCUUCAGAAGUUUAACAACUGUGAUCUUAGGAGCAGUAGGGAAGUCAUCUGACAUCUGAAGAGAAAAAUUUACAGUUGAUUUUAGGUAUAUUUUUUUAAAAGCUCAAUUUUUUUUUUGUAAAAGCUGAUCGCAAGCAUGUCAUUAUUAACCAGGACAAAUUGUGUACAGUGUUUCUUCAUGAACAAACAAGGAUUUUGUGGGGUGUUUGAGAUUUAUAUGCUGAUAUUUGGAUUAAUUCCAUCAACUAGUUUUCAUUGUACUUCUCACGGGGAUUGCAAAAGUUUCACAUCAUUGAAUGUUGAGUUAGUCGACAGUAAGUAAUACAACGAUCCUUUAUUUACCAUAAAAACAGUAAUAUAAAGUGUAUCUGUCAAAUAAUAUGACCGAGUGUCUUCUAAUUCAUAUUCCAGGACUGGGUUUGAGAUGGCAAACUCAAUAAAUGAUGAUAUUUUGAGAGAUGCUCAUGUCCACUUAAGUUCAUUAUAAUUGAUAUGAAUUGUAUAGGCCUGCAUUUACAAUCCAGCCUUAAAGCAUUUAGGACACAAGGACAAACUUUUCAGACUGUCUAGACUAGUGUGACUGAAGUCAGUUGGACAGCUGUGUAAACUCAGUAGAGAUUGGCUUCCUGAUACACAAAGGCACAAGCUGUAAAACCAAAAAUCAAUUCUGGAACAUCAGUCACAUAGACCUGUUCUUUGAAGACCAAUACACGUCUGUUGGUGUUAUUUCUGACCUCUUAACAUGGGAAAGUCUCCUUUUUUAAAAUUCACUCAAUAAAUAUCACAAAUCUAUUUCAAAGCCAAAUGAAGGUCAAACACAAUAGCAGUGAGGUUGAGGCAUUGCAGCGAAACCCUGCAAUGAAGUCCAAUGAAGACACAGAAUCUACAACAAAGAUUCAUAACACAUUCAUAAAAAGAAAAAAAGACGACCAUUCCUCCAAAGGUUCUUUCCGGUAUGCAAGAAUAUUUCUGUUCAAAUGGCAUUUUUGGUCGGACUUGGCUCACAACUAAUAAAACGUGCUGUUACCACUUGUAAAAUACUUUAUCUGUUCAGUCCCUUCUGACUUCAUCACUGUAUUGAGAAGCUAUAAAAAUGGGCCUUCUUUGACCUUUGAUCUUUAACUUUAGUUUUACCAGUGGUUGAGAUAACCCAAGGGCAGAAGUGAGGAAAGGGGAGUGGGACACAAGGUGGUUAAAUAUUAUGUGUGAUGCAACAGUCCAAAAAGUAAGGAUACACAGUGCAGACUGGUCAGAUGCUGUUCAGGGGAGGGGUCUCCUUUAUAAAAGGAAGGUUGACAGUCAAGCUGCUUGUCACACUUUGGUCAUGAUGGUGAUUCUGGGGAUUUUGGUUGCUGUUGCUGUGUUUCUGGAGACGGUCUCUGCGGCCUCUCUAGGGGUGGUGUACACAGAAGGAGGGAUGGUGCAGGGUGAAAACAUUCGUCUUGGCUUCCGUCGUCACAUGGACGUCUUUCGGGGGAUUCCCUUCGCUGACAUCCCUGGAAGGUUUGAGAAACCAAAGCGUCACCCUGGCUGGGAUGGGGUUUUGAAAACCACUGAGUUCAGGCCGAGGUGCCUUCAGGUGAACCUUAUCAUGACUGACACCAGAGGCAGUGAGGACUGUCUUUAUCUUAACAUUUGGGUUCCUCACGGCAGCUCAGUGUCCACUGGUCUGCCUGUCAUGGUCUGGAUCUAUGGAGGAGGCUUUCUGACUGGAGGCUCAAUGGGUGCUAACUUUCUUAGUAACUAUCUGUAUGAUGGGCAGGAGAUCGCAGACAGAGGAAAUGUUAUUGUGGUGACGCUGGGGUACCGUGUGGGAACUCUGGGCUUCCUGAGCACUGGAGACUCCAGUAUGCCUGGAAAUUAUGGUCUGUGGGACCAGCAAGCUGCCAUUGCCUGGGUGCACAGAAACAUCCGCUCAUUUGGAGGAGACCCUGACAACAUCACCAUCUUUGGAGAGUCUGCAGGUGGAGCUAGUGUCAGCUUCCAGACUCUAACUCCUCACAACAAAGGACUGUUCAAGAGAGCCAUCUCCCAGAGUGGCGUUGCCCUUUGUCCUUGGGGUGUCAACAGAAACCCCCGCAAGUUUGCUGAGGAGAUUGCAUUAAAGGUCAACUGCCCUACCGAUGACAGAAUGGCUGCUUGUUUGAAGAUGACUGAUCCUGCGCAGCUAACAUUGGCUGGUUCCCUCGAUAUGACCAGCUCUCCCAAUCACCCCCUGGUGUCCAACCUGCUCCUGUCUCCUGUGAUCGAUGGCGACUUCUUACCGGAUGAGCCUUCCAACUUGUUCCAUAAUGCAGCCGACAUUGACUACAUUGCUGGAGUCAAUGACAUGGACGGACAUAUCUUCACUGCUAUGGAUGUUCCAUCAAUCAAUUCUCAUUUGGUGGACACCCCAAUUGAGGAUGUGAAGGCACUCUUGGCCUCCUACACUAAGGAGAAGGGUGCGGCUGGUUUGAACAACGCUUACUCUACAUACACCUCAACCUGGGGAAGUAAACCCAACAGGGAGACCGUCAAGAGAACUGUUGUGGAAAUUGGAACAGACUACAUUUUCCUUGUUCCUACACAGGCUGCCCUUUACCUUCAUGCUUCCAACACCACAACUGGACGCACCUACUCCUACCUCUUCUCUGAGCCCAACCGUAUGGGCGGCAUCGGCAAGCCCUACCCCAGCUGGAUGGGAGCUGACCAUGCUGACGACCUGCAAUUCGUGUUCGGAAAGCCUUUCAGCUCACCAUUGGGGUACUGGCCUAGCCAUCGUGACGUCUCUGGCUACAUGAUUGCCUACUGGACCAACUUUGCCAGAACUGGAGAUCCCAACAAAGGAGACCUGAAAGUGCCUGCUACAUGGCCCAAAUUCACCACCACAGGACACCAGUAUCUGGAGAUUCAUCAUGACAUGAACAAAAACUAUGUAAAACAGAAGAUGAGGCUGCGUUUUGUGCAUUUCUGGACCAGUCUCUUGCCCAACCUUCCCACAAUGUUCUCACAAUAAAGAACUCGUGAUAUCA